CGAAUAUUCAAUAUUGGAUGUCCCCUCCCCUCCGUUCAGGACCUGCCAGUGAUCAUCCCGACACAUGGCGCCGUUCAACCCACCGAAUACAGUCCUCAGCGGAUUAAAAGAAAGACCAGAGGCUUUACUUGCACAGGGUGACAAGUUGUAUGUUGGAACAGCAACAGGCAGUCUCUUCAUCUACGAGUACAACGAACUUUCUGAGAAUGUAUCAACUUUGGUGGACACUAAGAAGGGUCUGUCUCGUAGAUCUAUUGACCAGCUGGGUUAUAUCAAGGAUGUCAAUUCUCUGGUUUCCCUCUCCGAAACUAUACUAACUUUGUAUCCUCUCCCGAACUUUGCUCCUCCAACACCACUUACAAGAGCCAAGGGUGCAUUGACAUUCGCUGUUCACUCUUCCGUGCACAACCUUGACCCAAGUAGUGCCCAAGGUGGAGCUAAUACUGGCAGGGCAGGCCCGAUUCCUACGAUGGUGACGCAGCUUAUAGUCGGGUGCCGAAGGAAGGUAGUGAUAUACACGUGGAAGGAUAGUGAAGCACAGGAAAUCAAGGAAGCUAUUCUUCCUCACUCGCCGCGUGUUGCGGUGUUUCUUGACAGCGAUAAUGUUUGCUUUGCGUACUCACCUACCGAGUAUGCUCUGUUCUCCAUCAGUAAGCUCACGACACUUGACGUUACCACACCUAUACCCGCGAAUACUUCCAUGGGCGCAUUUUCUGGGCUUACUGGGUACAUGUCCCUUGGUCUGGGAGCCAGAGCCAAACCUGGGUUGGUGCGGCUGAGCGAUACCGAGGCACUCAUUGUCAAAGACAACCAGGGGUUUAUCAUCGGCACUGAUGGAAGGCAGACAAAGCCAGCGACGAUUGAUUGGCCAAGUCCACCCGAUGAAAUUGCCUUUGUCAACCCAUAUAUAUUCUCAAUACUUCCUCCUGGUACUGUCCCGGUACCGGAGAGCGGAGGUGCUUCUCUUCCAUCUGGAAGCGCUCCAGCUGCUCCUCAGUCAUCCCUCAUCUCCUCUCCAGUUGUGCAAGUCAUAUCGUCACUGACAAUGCAACCUGUCCAAACUCUUCCCUUCCUACCCACAUCAUCAGCGUCUUCUGCCGCCACUUGCACAAUUAGACUCUUGACGUCUUCUCCUGCCGCCAAAGCACCUCUCUUCCUUGUGGCUACUCCGAGCGACCGCACAGUAGCAACUUCCGAGGGCAGCUCGAUAUGGCAAAUUCAGAUGAGGUCAUGGGGAGACCAGAUUGAUGAACUUGUUCAGCGCUGUCUCUAUUCCGACGCACUAUCAUUGCUUGAUACGUUAGACAAAGCUGUUUUAUCAGACAAGGACCAACGACGAACCCUGAUUCGCGCCCUCCACGCCGUGUCCCAGUUCCGGUUAGGAAAGUUCGAUGAUGCAAUAAAUUCUUUCAUCGAGCUCGAUCUCAACCCCGCCAAGGUCGUUGCUCUCUAUCCUGAGCGCAUCGCCGGACGUCUUUCUGUUCCUCCAGAUGACUGGAUACCAUUGUUCGGGGGUCCUGCAAACCAGCAGUCACUCACGCCAAAGAACGAUGAUGCCAUGUCAACAAAGUCCCAAAAUGAUAGCAAUGAAAGCAAAGAGAAACUUUUGGAGCAGGCAGCGUCCCCUGCGAUGGCAGUCAAGGCUUCUGUUCGUCGGGGAGCCGCAUUUGUGGCACUUUUAUCCUCCUCGAAAGACAAAGACGAUGAUACCGUGUCCAUUAGCGGGAAGAAGAAGGUAAAGCAAGUAGAUGACUUCAGCCGGUCGGUGGACGCUCUAUGGCGAUAUCUUACCGAUCGUCGUCCGAAAGUUGCAGGCGCGCUCGCAGCAGUACACAUUGCACCAGCUCAGUCUCACCAGUGGCCUUUCCUCUCUGAGACGUCGACCGAAGAAUUAUUUGCACUGCCGAACAUCCCUUUGCCUCUGUUGACUCCAGAGCAGCUUGUGCGGUUUGCGCAGAUUGUAGACACAGCGCUCUUCAAGUCUUAUCUCGUGACUCAGCCGGCCCUCCUCGGUGCACUUUGUCGUUUGGCCAAUUGGUGUGAAGUAUCAGAGGUUGAGGAGGAGCUCCGGGCACGAGAGAAAUUUGCAGAGCUUAUAUAUCUUUAUAAUGGAAAGAAGAUGCAUGCUAAGGCUCUCAAUCUCCUCCAACAGUUAAGUGAGAAGGAAACGGACAUGAGAGACAAGCUUGAUCCGUCCAUAUCCUACCUGCGAAAACUUGGUCCUGAGUACAUCAACCAAGUAUUUGAGUCCUCCCGCUGGAUCUUUGAAGCCGACCGUCACAUGGCUUUCGAGAUAUUUACAUCUGACGACGUUGAACUCCCUCGAACCCAAGUAACGGAUUACCUUGAGAAGAUUGACCCUACCAUAUCUACUCGUUACAUCGAAUAUCUGAUCGAUGAGAAAGGCGAGGAGAGUCCUGCAUUCCAUGAUCGGCUGACAGAGCUCUAUCUGAACAUGACUCUAAGUGCUCGCAAACGAGGAGACGAAGUAAAAGAGUUGGAGGUUUACUCAACGCUCCUUCGUUUCAUUGAUACCACUGAUCACUACCGCCCCGAUCGCCUGUAUGGUUUACUGUCGGAGAAUCUUUACGAAGCGCGAGCUGUGUUGCUGGGCCGUAUGGAAAGGCACGAACAUGCUCUGGAGCUCUACGUUUACAAGCUCAAGAAUUAUGCCAAGGCCGAAGAAUACUGCAAGCGAAUAUAUAAUCCAAACGGAGUCACCAGAAGCGUCUUCUUGACUCUUCUUAGGCUCUACCUCCGUCCGACUGAUAAAGCAGCGCCGAAUUUGCUGCAGCCCGCCUUAGACUUGAUCAGUCGACAUAGUCCUCGCUUAGACUCUGUCGAAACUCUUCAACUUCUUCCUCCCCUCGUCACCGCUUGCGACGUGCGCCCAUUCCUUCAAGAAGCUUUACGAGCACCGAUUUUCGACAGUCACGUCAUCCGCGAUAUCCACAAAGCACGAAAUGAACAAGUUGCUAGGAAACUGAUGCUGCUAGAGUCUAGGCGUGUCAGAGUCACGGACAGUAGAAUCUGUCCCCAAUGCCAUAAGCGUCUGGGUAGCAGCGUCAUCGCAGUUCAUGCUCCUAGGGGAGAGGUGACUCAUUAUCAAUGCCGCGAUGCUUUUUCUCGGAGGCUCGUUGAUCCUAUGAGGAGAUAA